AUGGUACGUUCCCCUCGUGCCUCCGGCGGCUGGGGCUGCGCCCCAGACCCCGCUGCUCCUCUCGCUUCGCUCGAGUCGUUACCCCCGGAAUCCCCGCCAUCUCCUGCGAAGCAGGAGCAACCAGGGUCUGGGGCGGAGCCCCAGCCGCCGAAGGCAACACCCCACCCCCGAGAAAAUCUAACACAGCCAGGCAAGAUCACUACUAAGGAGCUCGGUACGGUCAUGAGAAGUUUGGCAUUGAACCCCUCGGAGAGCGAGUUAUCGGAUAUGAUCCACGAGGUCGAUGUGGAUAACGACGGCACUAUUGAUUUCCCCGAGUUUCUGACCAUGAUGGCCCGGAAGAUGAAGGACACCGACUCGGAGGAGGAGAUUCGCGAGGCGUUUAAAGUGUUUGACCGUGACGGCAACGGGUUUAUUUCAGCUGCCGAAUUGCGCCACGUCAUGACCACUAUUGGCGAGCGUUUGACUGAAGAAGAGGUCGACGAAAUGAUCAGAGAAGCUGAUGCUAACGGCGAUGGCCACAUCGACUAUAACGAGUUCGUCAACCUGCUGCAAAACACCAAAUAG